UAGUUUCACAUGAUCAAAGAAAUCUAUUUUAUUAUUGUUUUAUUAUAUUAAACCUCUACAACAAACUACCGACUACUAUUAAGUAAUAAAUUUCUUUUAUUUUUUAUUUCUUUAAUCAUACUGUCGUGCUAUCGCUAUGUCUUAUGGCAAGUGGUAACAUAUACCUAUAUGUGUAUACUGUAUUUAGUACUCACUAGUUAGUAGUUACUACAUGUGGUGUAUCACUGCCCACGACCGGUGUUGAUUGCCGGCAUGAUUUAAGGUGAAAACUGCAAAUGUGCAAUAGCAAAAGUAACAAACUAAAAUAUACAGUUUGAGAGCACCAUAAGAUAUUAAAUUAAAUAACCGAUGGCGUCGAUUUCGAGUGAUGAAGAUCAUAAGCCUUUGAUGUUUUUGGGUAAAGAUGUCUCAAAAAUUCCAUGCUUUCGGAACAGUUUCUUGUAUGGCAUAGUCGGAGGAUUUACUAUGGGAAUCGGCUAUUUUUUGUGUACAAGUAGAACAUUAAGAUCUACACACUUCGGUUUUGGUUCUUUUGUUACGAUAUCUUCUGUUUAUUGGUAAGCAUAUCUAUAUAUUAUAUCAUG